UGUGACAUUUGUGUUUGUGUUGAAAAGGUACAAUGUAUGGAAGAUAUAAUUAAUUCAAUUUAUUGGGAUAUUGAUGAGUAUGACUGUACUGAAAAAUACAAUAGUUUCUAAAUGUGGUUGAAAUUGUGGAAAUCAUGACCCAUUAUUGGUGGAUGCAUUGGUUUUGGAUUACCCUAUGGAUUUCUUUGACCAUUUGCAAAUCAAUUCCUGCAACCAUACAUUCCAGCACCACAGAUAUGCCUUCUGCCAGCAUUACUGUCGAAUUGGACCAUUCAGUAGAACUACCAAGAAGCUCAACAAAUCCGCCCACAACCCUUAUGAUUCCAGUUGCUCCGAAAUACACAUCGGCACCAAAAGACACUACCGUUGUGAAACAUGUGAAGUCUUCUUUCAAAAAGUACGACUUUCUCUUCCCAAAUUCAACCAGUGAAAAUAAAACUAAGGAAGUCAAGGUCAAAGAAACUGUGAUAAAUGUCAUGGAAAACAUGACGGAUAAUCCACUACUUAUAAAUUCGAGCUUAAUAGCAAUAAAUCGCACCGAUAAUUUAACAUACUUGGAGGAGGUGGAGAACCUCAACCAGAGUUCCGUCCAGAACUCUGAGCGAUUAGGAGUGGAGGAAAAUGAUGAUGAAUUGAGCUCCGAAGGAAAUCUCUCUGCAGCCGGUAUAACCGGAAUCACCCUAGGUUGUGUCGUUACAGUGGGUAUUUUAUCCGGCAUCAGCUAUUUCAUUUAUAGAAAUCGGGGAUUCAACAGGCCACAAGUACUUAACGAUCGAUGCAGCAAUCCGGACUCAAGUGGAUAUAUCGAUGAUGCUUCAGUAAGAGACAACUCCGAAGAAAUGUACAGCUUAGACAACGAUUCAUUUUUAAAUAGUUUAGAAGCUAUGACCAUACAAAACUACUGGACAGAUACUGUCAAGCAUACAAAGCUGUAGUUGGAACCCCACGUUUUUAUUAUUUUCUUGUACAUAUUUUGUACCUAAUUUAAGUAUUUUAGAAUCUGUGAUGCAUAUCAAAGUCUCGAGAAUAGGGCCAGUACUAACAUUGUCAAAAAAUUAUGUUGAAUAUUUGCAACAAGAUGACCCUCAUUUUGAGUUUUUCAAGUUGAACUUUUA